GGCGCCGUGCGCGGCGCGGCCCCAGUCCGCGCUGCAGCCGCCGCGGGGGCGCCACUACCAUGAGCGGCCGCGGCCGCCCCUGCGCGACUCACGGGCACCGGGCGCACCAGCCGCCGCCGGCCCCCCCCCCCACGCCGCCGCCGCCGCCGCCGCUGUCGCCGCUGCCGCGCACCCCCGGCCCCGGAGCCCGGCGCUGCAGGAUGCCGGGGGGCAAGAGAGGGCUGGUGGCACCGCAGAACACCUUCCUGGAGAACAUUGUCCGGCGCUCAAGCGAAUCCAGUUUUUUGUUGGGAAACGCCCAGAUUGUGGACUGGCCCGUAGUUUAUAGUAAUGACGGUUUUUGUAAACUCUCUGGAUAUCAUCGAGCUGACGUCAUGCAGAAGAGUAGCACUUGCAGUUUUAUGUAUGGUGAACUGACAGACAAGAAGACCAUUGAAAAAGUCAGACAGACUUUCGACAACUAUGAGUCAAACUGCUUUGAAAUUCUCCUCUACAAGAAAAACAGAACACCAGUUUGGUUCUACAUGCAAAUUGCACCCAUAAGAAACGAGCAUGAAAAAGUGGUUUUGUUCCUGUGUACUUUUAAGGAUAUCACUUUGUUCAAACAACCGAUUGAAGAUGAUUCAACAAAAGGUUGGACAAAGUUUGCUCGGUUGACGCGGGCCCUGACGAACAGCCGGAGCGUACUGCAGCAGCUAACGCCGAUGAACAAGGCUGAGGUGGUGCACAAACACUCCCGGUUAGCUGAAGUUCUCCAGCUGGGAUCUGAUAUUCUUCCUCAGUACAAGCAAGAAGCUCCAAAGACUCCACCACACAUUAUACUACACUAUUGUGCUUUUAAGACCACUUGGGACUGGGUCAUCUUAAUUCUAACCUUCUACACAGCAAUUAUGGUUCCAUAUAAUGUCUCUUUCAAGACAAAACAGAACAACAUUGCCUGGCUCGUGCUGGACAGUGUUGUGGACGUUAUUUUUCUGGUUGACAUUGUUUUGAACUUUCACACGACCUUUGUUGGCCCUGGUGGAGAGGUUAUAUCUGAUCCCAAACUCAUAAGGAUGAACUACCUGAAAACGUGGUUUGUGAUUGAUCUUCUGUCCUGUUUACCGUAUGACAUCAUCAAUGCCUUUGAGAAUGUGGAUGAGGGGAUCAGUAGCCUCUUCAGUUCCUUAAAAGUGGUGCGUCUUCUACGACUCGGUCGAGUUGCCAGGAAGUUGGACCAUUAUCUGGAAUAUGGUGCUGCUGUACUGGUACUGUUGGUGUGUGUAUUUGGACUGGUGGCCCACUGGCUAGCCUGCAUAUGGUACAGCAUCGGGGACUACGAAGUUAUAGAUGAAGUCACUAACACAAUCAAAACAGAUAGCUGGCUCUACCAGUUGGCACUGAGUAUCGGGACACCAUAUCGAUACAACACCACUGGCUCAGGGCAGUGGGAAGGAGGACCCAGUAAAGACUCCUUGUACAUAUCCUCUCUCUACUUUACCAUGACAAGCCUUACAACAAUAGGAUUUGGAAACAUAGCACCAACCACUGAUGGAGAGAAGAUUUUUUCGGUGGCCAUGAUGAUGGUUGGCUCUCUUCUUUAUGCAACUAUUUUUGGAAACGUCACCACCAUUUUCCAGCAAAUGUAUGCCAACACCAACCGAUACCAUGAGAUGCUGAACAAUGUGAGGGAUUUCCUAAAAUUAUAUCAAGUCCCAAAAGGCCUUAGUGAAAGAGUCAUGGAUUAUAUUGUCUCAACCUGGUCCAUGUCUAAAGGAAUUGACACAGAGAAGGUUCUCUCAAUUUGCCCAAAGGACAUGAGAGCAGAUAUUUGCGUGCACCUAAACCGGAAAGUUUUUAACGAGCACCCUGCCUUCCGGCUGGCUAGCGACGGCUGCCUGCGAGCCCUGGCUGUGGAGUUUCAGACGAUCCAUUGCGCCCCGGGGGACCUCAUCUAUCAUGCUGGGGAAAGCGUUGACGCUCUUUGCUUUGUGGUCUCGGGAUCCUUAGAAGUCAUCCAGGACGACGAGGUGGUGGCUAUUUUAGGUAAAGGUGAUGUGUUUGGUGAUAUCUUCUGGAAGGAAACCAGUCUGGCCCACGCAUGUGCCAAUGUGCGGGCUCUGACAUACUGCGAUUUACAUAUUAUUAAACGAGAAGCCUUGCUUAAAGUGUUGGACUUUUAUACCGCUUUUGCAAACUCAUUCUCAAGGAAUCUCACGCUCACCUGCAAUUUGAGGAAACGGAUCAUCUUCCGGAAGAUCAGCGAUGUCAAGAAGGAAGAAGAGGAGCGCCUGCGUCAGAAGAACGAGGUGACGCUGAGCAUCCCUGUGGACCACCCUGUACGGAAACUUUUCCAGAAAUUCAAACAGCAAAAGGAGAUGCGUAAUCAAGGCUCAACCCACAUUGACCCGGAAAGGAACCAGCUUCAGGUAGAAAGCCGGAGCGUGCAGAAUGGGGCCUCCAUCACAGGCACCAGCGUGGUCACCGUGUCUCAGAUCACCCCCAUCCAGACAUCCCUGGCUUACAUGAAAACCAGUGAGGCUGUGAAGCAGAACAACAGGGAUGCGAUGGAGCUCAAGCCAAAUGGAAACGGAGACCAAAAAUGUCUGAAAGUAAACAGUCCCAUGCGGAUGAAAAACGGGAAUGGGAAAGGGUGGCUUCGACUGAAGAACACGAUGGGGACCCACGAGGAGAAGAAGGAGGACUGGAACAACGUCACGAAGGCUGAGUCCAUGGGGUUGCUGUCCGAUGACCCCAAGUGCAAUGACUCGGAGAACGGUGUAAAUAAAAAUCCACUGAGGAAAACAGACUCUUGUGACAGUGGAAUAACAAAAAGUGACCUUCGCUUGGAUAAAGCUGGUGAGACUCGCAGCCCCCUGGAGCACAGCCCCAUUCAGGCUGAUGCUAGGCAUCCUUUCUACCCUAUUCCUGAGCAGGCCUUACAAACCACGCUGCAGGAAGUCAAGCACGAACUCAAAGAAGAUAUCCAGCUGCUAAGCAGUAGGAUGGCUGCCCUUGAGAAGCAGGUGGCAGAAAUUUUAAAAAUAUUGUCCGAAAAGAACGUACCCCAGAUCUCUUCCCCCAAGUCUCAUUUAUCGCCCCAGCGGCCCCCCCAGAUACCCUGUCAGGAUAUUUUUAGUGUUUCAAGGCCUGCGUCACCUGAAUCAGAAAAAGAUGAAAUACACUUUUAGCAUAUACCUAUGUGUAUAUAUGUAUACAGUAUAUAUGCAGAGGUGUAUAUAUACCUUUAUACAUAUAUAUGUGUGUGUGUAUACGGUAAAUAUAUAUACAUAUAUAUUUUCACUUGCAUCCAAUAUGACUUGAACACACCAAGGAUUUUGAUAUGUAAAUAUUGCAUGUCCAGCUGGAUUCUGGCCUGCCAAAGAAAACAAUUAUUAACAUAGACAUUGCUUGUAUAAUAUGCAGUUGACUGCAUGCACACUUUACAUUUAUUUAUAAUCUCUAUUAUGUAAUAAAAGAAUGACUUUUGUUUAACAAAGGCAAUGUACUAUUUAAAGAAUCAGGGUCUAACCUGCCAAUAUUGCCAUGACAGUUUUGAUCUCAGGCUGGGUGAAUUGAGCUUUUAUUUCCUCACUGUCUUUUCUGCCGAUUUAAACAGCAGAUUAACAUGACCUGGAGGACACAUUCAGACUCCAGUUAGUAUUGUUUCCUGGUAUCAUUCCAUUACAAUAUACUGUAUAUUUGGUGAUGAAUUCCCCUGCUCCUCCUGAGGGGAGGGCUCAGCUCAGUGGCCAGGGAAGGGCACCGUGUCCGGUGCUGGGGUGGAUCACUGGAUUUAUUCGUGUGGGUAUUGUGCAUGCACAGCCUUUUAUUUCAAGUAUCCUCCUGCUCUUUUAACAUCAUAAGUAAGGAAUAACAUUGGUGAUUUAUGUAACAAAAUGAAACUAACAGAAACUCAGCUGCACUCCCUGCGUGUUUGGGGGUAACGUCUUUCUUGAAAGCCUCCUUUUACCGAUGCCAUUUUUACUGAACUGUUAGAGUAACAUUAUGUAGAUUCUCUUUGCAGCACUCAGCGAUGGUGUCCGGUUCUGUCAGUAUCUUCAUUAGGAUGUCCCAUUUUCGCAGGGUUGAGGUCGCUCUCCUGCUGUCCCCCUCAUUGCCUGUGGCAGAAAGACUUUGCACAAGGUCUGAGCAGGGGAGAGAACAGUCGUAGUUCUCGGCAGCCACGUGAGCAGGUUUGAAAGCCUGAAGUUAAAAGGCUGCAGUUAAUCCCCCUCCACUCUCUUUUCUGAGGACGUUUAUCAGUCUGCAACUGCCUUUGAGAAAGAGAGAAAAUAACCGGUCGGGAUGAAAUUUCCUUUAGUCCAAGGCACCUGGAUGAUAAUGUUUGGGUGGGAGAGCAGUGGGUGCCUUGGGGAGAUGAAGUCCUCCCUGGGGCAUUGCCCACUGCUCUUGCCUUGGACUUGUGGAAGGUUUCAGUGCAUGGGGGGAGCAUGAGGCCUUAGGUCCGUGUCAGAUGCUCUGACACUCCUCUUAGCUGGCUCUCAUCAGCAUCUCCCAGCCUUGAACCAUGCUCAGACCCCACUUCCACCACCUAGGCUGGAGCAUUGCCCUCCAUGCAGUGCUGCUGGCUUCGCAGGGCUGCAGCAGGGUGGGCUCUUGCACUGGAUCGUUUGCUUUCCUGUUUGGAGCUGAGAUUUUGGACUCUGCCUGGGUCUACACCUGAGUGUGGUGGGGUUUUUAUGUCUCCACGUUUGCACUGGUUGAGGAUUCACGCACACGUGAUGCAGAGCAGAAAUGGCCAUCACAGCUUCAGAGCUGUUGACCGGUACAGCUUGAGGCCAGCACAACAGAGUGCAAUGGCUCCUUCAGAGAAGGAUUUAUUUCCCCUCCACACUUAAACGGCCUCUUGCAUCAAGAUCCCAUGUUUUCAAAAGUGCCUGGAGUAAAAAGAUAUAUGUACCACAAGGCAUCACUAUCAAUCAGGUAAAUAAAAGGCAUGCUUAUAAUUAGUGGGCAUCCUUACCAGACACCAAUACCAGAUCCAUUAAUUAACAUUAAGAAACUAAACUAAAUUGCUUCCUGAAAAACUAAAAAAAAAGACCAAACCAACAAAUCAAAACAAACCAUCAUGUGCAGUAGUGGCAAUUAGGAACCUGCAUCUUAGGGUGAACAUAUCUUCUACUGUGAAAUCCAAACCCAUAAACCCCCCGAAGUUCAUAAGAAAGCCAAAGAAGUCAUUGCUUCUGUUGUGUCAAUUCAUGGAGGCUUUUUGGGAGAUGAUGGUCUUUCCAAUUACUGUUCCUUUCUGGCCUGUUUCUGCCCUUUCUCCAGUUCCUUUCUGUAGGAAAUCAUAGACAGAAUAAAAAGCCACCAAAAGGGAUGACUCUUCCCAAAACCUGGUGGUUAGGCUGCCUGCUCAUUAUAGUUUUCUGCAGCCGCAGUUGCUGCUGUCAAAACUUGUGGCAGCUGUAUUUAGCAGCUGCUGUUCUAACACAAGUGCAAAUCUGUAACUCUGCAACCAUGCUUUGGUCUGCAAGGACAAGCUGCACUAGCUAGACAGCAGGACCUUCAAGGUCCUACUGUAAAUCCUACCCCGGGACUCUGAAGGAAUCGGGGCGUUAUAGGGUUAGGGAGUUACAGAGUUGCUGCAGGUUUCUGGAGGAUGUGCAGACCUUGUGGGUACCACUAAAGUGCCAGGCUUUGAAGAUAGUACCGUUCCUGCCUGACUUGGAUUGCUGGUUCAGACAGACACACAGCAGCUGCCCAGAGCUGCCCAGUGAACCGCCGGGUCACGCAGGCUGUCGGGGGGCCAGAUUUUGGUAAAGUUCUGUGAAUGCAUGAAUCUGCCGUGAUCUGCAAAAGAGCCAGCAGGGUAAUGAGGGUGACUUUGUAGGAAACUUUAGCCUUAAUGGCAUUCCUCUGCCUUUGUGAAGGACUUCUUUUCUUUCUUUGUAACUGAUAUUAAUUCUAGAUAGAACUGCAUGGCAUGCAAAGGGAUCUCUAUUUAGGUUUAUCUUGCAAGUCAGGCGUAACUUUGUGCCACUUUACAGUGAGAGAUCGUGUAACAAGAUUAAUCUGACCUUGAAAAUUAUUUGAGCCCAGAAUGUCUAUUACAGUUCAACUGCAACUUGUCUGGUUAAAAUGUGUAGUGGCUAAAAGCUAUAAAUAAUGUAAAAUACCAAGUUCAUGAAACAAAUACAGUAUUUCCAGGUCCACUUCUCCCAGUACUGCUUUGACUCUGAUAUUCCAUUAUUGUCUGUUGCAAGUUCAGUGGAACCAGCUUGCGCCUUGUACGAGGCAGCAGUGCGAUGGGUAUCUUGCAGACGUGAUGAAUGCAGCCUGCAGAUGGGCUAUCCCAGGCCCUGGGUGCUGGGGGUGCAGCCGGACGGAGGCCAAAUUUGCGGGAUUGACUCUGGUGGCUAUUGCUCUGAAAAUCUGGCUUGUACAAUUCUGAAGCACUUUGCCUCCAAAAUUUCAUGAUCGGAGCAUUACAUGUUGUUUCAUGGAGUUGUUCAGCUGGUUCAGCUUUCCCAUCCCCUCGCGGUUGUGCAUGAUGCGAUCGAGCGCGCCGCCGAUUGGGGCGUUCCUUUUCUGUUAAAGAAGCAUGAGUCAUAGUCUUGUAGUUCAGGCUUGACUGAAAGCAACCACCGAUAGUCAUAUAAGUGCAAUAAGGACACAAACGUGUCUCUUCCACCUAAGCCAGCGCUCACGCAGCUGCCUGCUGCGUGGAGGGAGCUCUCGGCUGCAUGCUUUCCUUUCCUUUGAGAGCUGUGUACCUGUACAGAUGUUCCUGCCACAUGCUGGUAACAGCGUUCUUAGCACUUACCUUGUGCUUUGUGUGUUCAAAGCAUUUUACCUGCACACGAGUGGAUUUUAUCUUUCUGGACUUUGGAAUAGAAAUAAAAUGUGUACAGAAAAGUAAACACUUUCCAGAGCAAAUGAACGAGAGUACCUUUAAUGGCUUUUUUGUGUAAUAUUACAUAUACGAGAGAGAACAGCACUUCAGGAAAAUAACUGAAAAAAAUUAAUUGUGGUAGAGAAGAUUCUGAAUUUGUAUUUGUAAAUCCUUUUUUCCAUCUUUCUGUCUUUGCCAGGGGACAGGGGUUAGAGCAGAGCUGACUCUGGAAGUGACAAAUUUAAGCUUUGCCCAUCUUUCUUUUCCCUGUUCUGCAGAAGUAGCACAACUAUAGGGACUCGAUGCUGCUGGCACCGAAGUUUGGGCUCAUUGCUUGAUUCAAACUCAGUCUUCAUUUACCACCACAUGGAAAGCAACCCUGUUACACGGGUGUGAACUGAAGGUUGAAUCUGAUGAUCAUAUUGGACCUUAAAGUGUGUUUUGGAUCCCAGAAAAUUUUAGAGAAGUGGCAGCUGCAGAAAUAACGCUGUAUUAUUUGCAAGCUGUGAGCAGUCACUCUGGAAGUAACUGAGACCAUUAUAGAGACGUCAUCAUUUGCACAGGUCAGAAAACAGAUGAUGUGCUCAUGAAAUAGCUUGAAGGCUUUUUGGGGAAAAAGACAUCCUGAACUGGAAGGGAAAAUAAAAAGUCAAAGGUUUAAUAUGGAAUUUGGGAGUGAGGUGGUAGAGGGAUAUAUUAUAGUGAAUUGACACUUUUUUACUUGGAUUUUGAGCAUUUAGAAAACAUAUUUUGGAUGUCAGAAUUGGAGAGAUUGUUUGUUAAAAUAAAUAUUUUUUUUUCCUAAGUGAGGUGGCAUCAAAGUGAUACCUGUUUUUUUUUUAAAAAGUGUUCAAAUACCAUUUUCCUACAGAAGAGCGUUUUAAGAGAUUUUGUUGUUGUUGUUUUUAACAGGCUGUAUGUAAAGGCUUUUUUCAGUUCUUUUUUUGUACCAGAAGUUCCUGCGUUAACACCCAUCUUCAGGUCUAUAGGAUCUAUAUUGCUUUAUAGUCUUGCCGCUAACAUACUUGUUGGAGAGGGUUUGAGCAGUGGAUUCCUUUGGAGAAAGGCAUCUCCCCGUGGCAGCCUGGGCUCUGUGACUCUCCCGUCCCGAGCUGCAGUGAGAGCUGCGAGCACUAAACAGCAGUAGUUUGCAUUUUUCUUGGCACUUCUGGAUCUGCACUGAUUUCCUUCAGGGAAUUUAAGGAAGGAAGUAGAAAAGUUGGCACUGUCAUUUUUCCUGGAUGGCCCCAGUCCUUCACCCGUGUCUGUGCCACCAGAGCAAUGCUUUCCCAUGGAGCCUACAGGGAGGGAAAGUCUGAUCCAGCUAGAUUUCCACAUCUGGGAAUGGUUUUUGUAACUUUCUCCUUAUUUUUUUGGUACAAACAGAUAACAUGAUCUCUGCAUUAUUCUUUUUUUUAAUAUGUUAUAGCACAUUUCAAAAUUAAAUACAUUCUUAAAGCAAAGUGCUGAAUAGAGCUAAAAUAGACAAGCAGUCCACAUUAUUUCUGGCAGAAAAGCAGAAAAUUUUCUUACUGACAUAAAGAAUAUUGUGCAAAGAUCAGCUUUGUUAUACCUAACAAAUGACAAACAAAAUAAAAUCAUCCUUACUGAGGGUGCAUUUACUCAUACAGAAAAUUGACCUUGUAUUGCACAGUGGGACAAGAAGGCACAUAUCGAUUUUGAAUACUCAAAUGAUAGAAGCAUUCAAAGAGGGCUUGACCAGGCCAUGAUAAAUAAAUUAUAUUAAUUUAUUAUCUUAUGUUAAUCAGCCUCCUGAUGCAAGGCAAGUGGAACCAGGCAUCUGGGGCAACAUUCUCAGAAACCUUUCAAUCCAUUGUCUAUAAAGCAAAUAAGUGCAUUUCUUCAUUAUUUUCUGCUUGGAGAUGUAAGCUUGCUUGGCCCACAGUCUGAGACUAUUGGUGUGCACCGACUCUAUAUCUGGCUGUCUGCCACAAAUACAUCAAUUAGCCUUAAUUAAAAGCCCUAUAAAAAGGAUUUGGGAUUAGUUCGGGGUCAGCCCCCUCCCCCCCCAGUGACAUGACUGUAUGUUAUCUGGUUCAGAGCAGAUUCAGUUCAAACCGAGCAAUGGCAGAGUAUGUUUCUGCCUGCCUGUAAAGGAUGUAUAGACACACCAUAUGUAUUAUACCAUUUGGAAUGGGGACUCAGAUCUAGCCCAGGCCUGUUUAAGACAGGUCUUUCAGACAGGUGGGAUAAAUUGUACUCCGGAAGUGCCAGUCUCUCAUCAUUUACUGUAGAGUAACGACUUUGGAUUAGACACUUGAUUUGUAGACUGCUAGAGGGUAAAUGAAGUGAAUCCAACCCAUAACUCAAGCCGCCAGUCUGAUCUCGUUUGUAUAAAAAGGUGCUUCUAAAAGGCACCACUUACCAUCUUUCCAGCACAGAAGCACAUUCAAACAGGUGACUAACAGUACAGGGAAUAUUGAAAUGUCUCAGCGUGCAGCCAGAAACAAAGUGCUCAGCUCCUAAACUGCUAAUGAGAGCUCCAUAAAGAUACUCAGAUGCUCAGUUCUUGGUCUGUGGUGAUCAGGUUUUUAACUUUUUACCCCAAUGCCAUGACAGGAUAGUCCAGGGACCUCUAUUUUCACAAGUAUAUAGCAGUUGAGAUGCUCCUCAUCACGACACACAAUGCCAAGGCACAGGGGGAUCAGGAUCACCGGUCACUUUUUGAACGGUGAAAGACUGACGCCUAUGCGGGAUCUUUGGCUGCUCUAGGGUAUUGAGGAUGUUAGGAGUCUCAUUGCUGAGCUGUGUCAUGCAGUGGAAAGAGGCCAAGGCUUGGAAAUGUCCAACAAAGGGAAAAAUUGUAGUGAAGAGCUUCCAAGGUAGACAGAGAGUGACCGAUGGUCAGGCGAUUGCCCGGAGCACAGCAGAGCCCUGGCUCUGCCUGUGCAAUGGGAGGAGAGAUGGGAGAAGAAAGGAUAUAAAGAAGGGUGUCCAAAAAUGGUGACAAUAUUCCACUGAAUUCAAUACUUGCUAGUCUAUGUAUAGUGGCUGUUUGUUCUUCAUAAUUUACAUAUUUGGAAGUUGGCAGACUCCUCUUCCCUUCAGGUGGCAUUUAAGGAUGAGGCUGGCAGCUCCUUCUGGGGUGGCAACUGUGGGACAGGGAAGGGCCAUCAGAGGAUACUCAAAUAUAGGUGCCCUUAGGGAAAAAUGUGGGCUUCAGGAGAGCCAAAGCUCUUACAGCUUGCCAGAGACCUGUCAGGAGGGGCAUAUAAUACCCAAACGGUGUGGCAUCAGUGUAUGGACUCUCUAACUUGAAGUUGGCUCUGCUUUCAGUGGGGGGGAUGGGGUGGAUUUCCAAAAGGUCCCUUCUGAGCUAUGUUGUUUUAUCAUUUGGGGAUUCUGUAGAUUUUAAUAGCACAAAUAGGAGGUAAAAUUUGAAGGUUCUUAGUUAAGUUCCAUUAUUUUCUGGUUUUCAAUUUAAAUACCAUACUGAGGAAUGUAAUGCCAAUUUUCAAGAUAAUGAAUAUUUCUAAGAGCUGAUACUCAUCAAGCAGACACCAGAGAAAUUUGGCAUAUUCUAAAACUACAGCAUAUAAAUAAAUUAAGCCCUUCACUGGGCAUCAGCUAACAUCCACACUUGAUGCCAAACACUGAGAAAAACAUCUCAGUGACCAUGCAGUUUCUGGAAGUGGUGGGCUAGUACGGAUGCAUCAGCAACACCCACUCCCUCUUCCAACCUCUUCCCCAGCCCAGUGAGAGGUGAUUACAGUAUCUGAAAAUGCCGUCCAAAAAUCAAUAGCGUUUGAGCUAUUUUUCAGUGAUGCACUGGCAGACAUGCACAUCCAAGGCUAUAGGAACCGCAUGAAGGGCAGUGGCGAGUAGGUUACUCAUUAGUGGCUGGAUCAGAGGACAAUUCUCACCCCUCUGGAUUCAGCCUGCUCCUCUCUCUGUCAGUGUGUGGACACCAUUGCCAAAAUGGCCUGGGCUUGUCCGAAGGGUCUGGGUACGUCCGCGGGGCCCACAUGCAUCCCUAGAGUCUGCCCCAGCACCGUUCCCGGUCUUAUUCCCUGCUUUUCUAGGCACGUUCCAGGGUUUACACCUGGCCCUAUUAGGUUAAACUGAAAAGCUAUUUUUCCAGACUCUGUAACCUCCUCCUUAUCCCUCACGGGGUUACUCAAAAAAUGCUUUCCAACCUGUGGCUCAGCAGCAAGUCUCCAAAUAAAGCAGGAAUAACAGGGCAAACCUUAUGCCAUCUCAGUGCAUUAAUUUAUUAAACAAACCUUAAUUUUUAUUUUAUUUAUGGAUCUUUGGAAAAUCUUAAACAGUACAGUGUCCCAUAGAAUAGCAGGGUUCGGAGUGUUUUGUGUUUUUUAACGAGCCGGUUUGAGAAGGGAAACUCAAGUGAGACACCAGCUUCACACUCAGUCCAGCAUCUGCCGUCUGUGACCAUUUCCUCUGUUUUCCUCCGCUGGUUACACCUUAGGUGAACUUCACCACCGGCAGCACUUUGAACUGCUGCCAUGUAGGGCUAGUAAAAGUCCUCUUCAUUUCCCCAGGCAGACCCUCGGGCUCUGCUCAACAUUUCCACGUGUGCUAUGCCAGGACACGCAGGUGCUUGCUUUCCUGUCCUGGGCUUGGUUUCAGAAGAAUUUCCUGAGUUGUUGUACCUAUUUUCUCUGUCACCACUUUGUUUUCCUAGAAAAAAACCCCAAAACUUUUAUGCUGGUGUCCACCUCCUGCAACUAGUGGGGCAGGAGAGGACGUGCACAGCUCGUUGCGAGUGGGCGAGGAGCGGCGCGGUGCACUGUGCUUUCUGCCUGAUCAAUUAGGAAUCCGGUUGCAUUCAGGGCUGCUGCCAGGACCAUUAGUCAGAGGUCACAGUUCAGUUUGUAAACUGGGUGUCUUACCUGAGCUCUCAUGGAAAAAGUUGGGGUUUUUUUCCUAAAGCAAAACAAAAUUUGUGCUCUGCUUCUAAUUAGUCCUCUGUUGUCCCUGCAGGAUUAAUUACUGCCUUCUUCACUUGUAUCAUCAAAUGCUGUUUGGCAACAGCUGCUUUUUUUUUGUUUUGUUUUUGGUUUUUUUUGUUAGGUAUAAUUGGGAGUCCUGGCAUUACAAACAAGCUCAGUCAGGUGGUACUUAAAAAUUACAGAGCUGAAAUGUCACCUAACCCAGUAACUUAAACCUAGCUUUUGAAUACCAACAACCCCAUUGCAUUGCACUCACUGGGUGCUCAGAGCUCAUCACUUUAGGAUCAUCACUACAUCAGUGUGAAAGUCCUUCUGAAAUCAAUAACAGAAGGGUGUUUGUUCUUCAGGGUCCUCCCACAAUGUGGCUCUCAGAAAAAGACUGUGGGUGCAAGGGUGCAGUGGUUCCUUCCAACUCUUCCUACUGCCCGCUGAUGCUCUGUAGAUUCCCAGCCAUGUAUUUUUUUGACUUAAAGGAAGGGCUGAGUGCCACCAACUGCAUAAUUCUAUCAAGUGGUAAAUUCAAUUUAUCGAGUGGGAGAGGCAGUAGCUAGCAAUAAAGCAGGAUUUGGGUUUUAAAAUCUGCCUUGUGGGAAUUGGGCAAGCUACCAGAAAGACAAUAAAGGAUUUAUCUGGCAAUGCAGGCCAAAGGAAUGCUAAACAUGCAAGUGGGAGAAUUUAUUGAUACCAGUGAAAAAGUUCAUUAGUGUUAAAGUGCAAAGCAACUCUGUAAAUGUAAAUGUAAAUGUACUUGUAAAAAAACCUUUCAGCUGUCCCAGUAAAAUCCCUGUACGCAAUCAAAGGGAACUAAGGUUUGUGUCUGUGGAGUGCAGAACUGGCUAAUUGGCUUUCCCAGAAAACCUGCACACAAAACAUGCUUCCCCAAAUGUAACUGUUAGCACUAUUUUACUAGCAUGGACAAAUUUUACAAGUAACCUCAAUGUAUUUCCCCUGCCAGCAGUUUCCCAGAUUGAAAGCUGCUCCUAAAGCUGGUACUGCAGUAUUUCCCAUAGGACAGGUUUGUUCCCUUCCUUGCUUGUCACUGAUUGUCGAUUAUUUGCCCUUUGAGAGAGCUGUGGCCCUGUAAGGGAUGUGGGAGCCCACAAUAAACCUGAAGCUUGUGGGGAUGCAGGGGAGAUAAAGGUUCACUAUAUUUUAAGGAAAACAGCCUAGCAGUAAAAAUACACUUGCUAACUGUCUAAAGCUCCACUGCCUUAUCAACAGUUUGUGUAACGAAAUCCCAUUAGUAGUACAAACUGUUGUCACAUGAAUUAGGACAUGAUAUGCUUCAUAAACUUUACAUACCUAUUUACUGCUGAUAUGCAUGUAGCACCUGGCUUUUACAUGCAGGUGUAGCUGUAUAUCUUGUGUUAAUUUCUGCGUGUUUUGAAAGCUACAUAAUAUGAAGCAGAAUAUUUUCUACAAUGAAAAGCAGUGUUUCCCCUUCCUUGUUUAUCUCUUUUCCCUUUCCCUUCCUUCCUCCCUUCCUCCCUUCCUUUUCACUUUUCCUUCCACUUUUCCUUCCUUCCUUCCUUGACUUUUUUUCUUGCCUAGAUUAUUAGGCUAGCAACUUGUAGAAAUGGGAAGAUUGAUUAGGUAAUGUUGCAUCAGCAGAUUUAAUGGCAUAAUGAUCUGUUUUGCUAUUUGUGUUCGGAAGAAACAAUAUGCUAAUAGGAAUUGUAGUUAGGGCUGAUUUGUUAAUGUCCUGCUUAAAUACCAGCCAGUGACCGAGUGGUUCAGUAAAGUGGCUCAGCAGAUCUAAAUUGUGUUCUUUGUUUUGAAGGUAAAUAUUUUCAGACUUCAACCAUCCUGUGUAAAUGUUCUUAUUAAGGUCAGUGGAAAUCUUUCUGUUAAUUUCUAUACUCUAACCCAGUUUUCACAGAGGGACCAGGACAGCGAGUUCCAACACAGGCUGAGCUUUCUCAAAACCAAGAACUGUGGGAACCAGAAUUUUAUUUUCAGGCCCUUAUCUAAUGCAAAUGGGUCCAAGAUUUCAUGCCCUACAGAUGCUGCGUGUGGAAUGCAGGCAGAAACGUAGAGGGUGUGUUUGAAGAUUGGGACAGCAAGGUAAAUUGCCAUAAAAAUCAGACGAACUGAUCAGAGAAAGGGCACUUUUUAAUUAAUACAUAUUUGAAUCCAAAUGACUGCUCGGUAUCUGAACUGUUAGUAAUUUCCAUCCAAAGUAACUGCUCAAAAUUCAUGACUGUCUAGAAUAUCCUUGUACAAGCCAGAUAUGUACAUAAGCUGUGCAAACUCUCUCUAGGGAGAAGCACAGUUAAAAAUAAAGUUAUUAUUGCUACCACAGAGAGAGACGAUGACAAAGACAGGAGGUUGUGCACCGGCUACUGUGAGACUCUGAAUCCUGCCCUGCCAUCCUUGUAUCCAAGCGCUGCUGAUUCAGACAUGGGCUGACCUGCUCAACUUUUGAGUCUCCUGUUUGUGUUUCCUCAUGUCCGUCCACGCCUGGAGUGGAGCAGAGCAUCACGCAGGGAAGGAGCAGAUUGUGUAGGACUUCUUGAAGUGUAGCCCACACACCAGACCAGGCUUCAAAGGGUGAAGUCCCGUCUCCAUGGGGACCAUGAGAGUUUUGAUAUGGGUUUUAGGAUUCCUCCCCUGCUUCCCCCAUCCCUUUGAAAUGCUUAUGAGUUCCCACUUACGUUUAGGCAACUAGUCAUCCUAGGCUCUUAAAGGAAGAAAAAUCUGGGGAAUAUAGGAGGAAAGGGAGAUGAGGGGUGGGCACGACCUUGCAUAUGUCUCUGUGCACCCCCAGCUCUCCAGUGGUGUCUGGUGAAGUAUCCUCGUAACACCAUGCUCACAGUAUUCUGACAAUUGGUGGCAGGUGGAGAUUUUUCUAAACAAAUAGUCAUCAUCGCAGAGGACCUCAUUACAGUCAAAAUGUUGUCCUAUUUUUCUAGGCUUCCCCCCUCAUGCCAAAUGACAACCAAAACCUAAACUGAGCCAGGAGCUGCUAUACAAGCCUGCACAGCGAGAGGCUGAAUCUAAAAAACCACCCCAGCCCGCCCUGCGAGGUACCCGCACUGUCUGUGCUGAGCACCUGUCCUGGGCAUAACCUGCCUUCUCUUUCUUCUUCUCUGCUGAAAUGCAGCCGCAUGGCCAAUGUGCAUUUUUUCUUUCCCUGGGAGUGGGCAGCCUUGUAUCUCCAGCGCAGUGCUCGCUGUCCCGCGCUUGUGCUGCGAUGUCUCGCUCUGCACCCUUGAGCACCUAACAGUGACGAUCCUGCAACACUAAUCCCCGGUUUGUGGGAAUCGUUCCACUAACGUUAGCAGGACUUUCUUCCCAAGCAAAGCAUCACGGGUUUUAAACCCUCCUUUUUUACCCUGAGGUCCUUAGUUUUGAUUUCAAAUUUCAAGGUGUUCCAUUAGCUGAAAAAGCACCAGCUGGUAUAAUCGCGUUUGUGCAACCCUCACGGAGAAGUUGAGCAAAACAACUGGUUUUAAAGCUCAUAUUGGAAAAACUGAUCUAAGGAAUAACUGCAGCUUUUGAAUGUACGUGAUACACAGACACUGGACUGCGGGGAGGAAAAAUAUUUUGGGAAAUCUCUUUUUUGCAAGGGAGAAAUUGGGGGAAAGGGUUAUUGCUCGAAUAAUGUUUCUUUUGUUACUACUUGCUGCUCUUUGUACACUAGCCAAUGCAAAUGGCAUUCAUGUUGCUGAUGAUAUUUUUGAACAGCCCAGCUAUCUUUUUUGCAGUUGUUAAUAUACUGAGGAUUUGGGGGGGAUUUUAAAUGCCUCUGCCUUUCAGGAUUAUUUCUACAAAAGCAAUUGAGAACUGUAUUUUGACAGCAGGAAGCUUAUGAAAACCUAGAGAAAAAAAAAAUAAAGCAUUUGAAACUGAACAGCUAUAAAAGGAAUGCACCUCUGCUACCAUAUCCAAAAUCUGCAAAGCGAUCAUGAAUUACAUGAAGGAAGGACCAUCUUUCUACUGAAAAUCACACAUCGGUUCCUACCGAGUGGCUGCUCCCUUGACCACUCGCAAGACUUCCGAGGAGGAAUGCGUGGGAACGCGUGGGUUAAACGCGGCCGUGCUGUCACUGUUGGACAUUGCUAUGUGUGGUCUCCAUUGAAAUCGGUUGAUCUGUAGCAAGUUUCUUGUUGCACUUUUCUGUUUGCUAAAAUUCAACAACAAGGAAAAUGUGGGUCACUUUAAAGCAUUGGCAGACAACUGUUUCUAACCCAAAGGAUUAUGGGUUUUAGCACAAUGAACUGUACUUCUUCAGGGAGGAUCAAUGUUGUUUGGUUUUUGUUUUUUUUUCCACACGUCUUUAUUUACAUGUGGCUAUAUUUUCAUUGAUAC